UCCUCGUGAAAACACGCGCGUGUACACGUCAACGUCGUUUCACGCUCCCGCACGGGCGUGGUGGGCUCGCUCGUACAAGUCGUGUCAGACUCCGGACGACCUCGAGCGGGAGCGCCUCGGGCUUCCCAGGAGGUAACCCGAUUCGCUUUUGCGACGAACGUCCCUGAGCGAGCCCCGGAUCUAAAAAUUUCUCCCAAGCUCACGAAUAUAUUUCGGUUAUCUCGGGACGACGUUUAAUUUCCUACUCUUCUCUUUUUCUACGUACCCGUCGCCGACGACCACGCACUUGAUGGCCUGCAUCCUGGAUACCUGGAGUCGUCCGUAAUGCACACUCGGGAGAGCACGUAAAAUCGCGCGAGCGACGACGAUACGCGACGAUGCAGCCGAUUUCAGCGGGAGAGAAAGAGAAGCCCGAGUGUCAAAGAGAGGGAGCGAAGAGAUAGUAGGGAGGGAAAGAGGAACGAUAUAGGCGGGAGAGGAAGAGACAAACGGUGGGUACGUACAAACGCGACACACAGGAAGAGGGCAGCGUUGACGGACGAGCUGAGGGAGGGGGGGAAGAGAGGGUGCAGGAAGAGAAGAAGAGACGGCUCGCGUGACGGAGACGAUCGAGAGGUUAGAGAGAGAGAGAGAGCGAUCGGGAUGGACUCCUGCGAGCGAUUGGUGGGCCGGCUGCUGUCACGAUCGCAGCGGGAGGCAAAGCACACAUGUACACACACACGCGCGCGCGCGCGCAACACACACACACGCACACACGUAUACGGAAUAGUAUCGCGAGUUUCUUCGAAAUUCCCUUUAUGGAUCCUGUCGUCUCUUCGUGCGACGAUGAUGUAGCGAGGACAGACAACUGCGAAGCUGCAUGCGAGUGUACCAACACUUCGAGAUAUCGAGAUAUAUCUCGCCGUUUCGAUAUAUCGACACGCCUGUCAAAUAUGGGACAUACGUGUGUAUUUUCGGUAUCAAGAUCUGACGUUUAACUUGUCAAAAUUUUUUGUGGGUUAUGUUUGAUUAAUAAUUAGGAGAUGUUUGUUUAUGCGAAGAAGAUAGAUAUUGUAUCUUCGUGAAUGUGUGUCUUACAAAUUACGAUGCCACGGAAAUUACGUAUUAUGUUCGCGACUGCGACAACUCUAGGUUUGUGUAUCAUAAUAUUUCAGUUACGUUUAAUGCUUUACGAUCGCAGAUUGUCUUUAUCAGAUGACGAAAUACCUGUUGUAUUAUGGUGGACUCCCUUUGGUAAUAAUAAUCAAGUGAAAACUUGCGGAGAUGCUAAAUGUUACUUUACAUAUGACAGAGUAUUUGAAAACAACAGACGCUUAAAAAGUAUUUUAUUUUAUGGAAGCGAUUUCCGCGUUCAUGAUUUGCCUAAUUGGAGGAGCAACGCUGUAUCUUGGGGUUUACUUCAUGAAGAAUCUCCUAGAAAUAAUCCUAUACUCGUUCACGAGAAGACACUUAAUCUCUUCAACUAUUCUUCGACUUUUAGCAGAUUUAGUGAUGUGUCGCUCACACUUUUUGAUUUACUUAGUUUAGAAGAACUAACAGAAAAAUCGUAUUACGUGCCUACCAAAGAGAAGUCUGAAUUAAUGCGUACAAAAAAUUAUGCGCCAGUAUUGUACAUUCAAUCUGACUGUGAUACUGCUAGCGACAGGGAUCGCUAUGUCUUAGAAUUAAUGAAAUACAUUCGUAUUGACUCCUAUGGUACAUGUGUCAAUAAUGCUCGCCUUGAAGACAGGUUCAAGGACAAAUAUCUUAAUAUUUUAAAUAAUCGUGAAUUCUUGUCCUUUGUGGCCAAAUACAAGUUUACUAUAGCUUUCGAAAAUGCAAUUUGUAAUGAUUAUAUCACAGAAAAAUUGUGGAGGCCGCUUAUUGUUGGCUCUGUACCCAUCUAUUAUGGAUCACCGUCCUUUAAGGAUUGGCUCCCAAAUAAUAAAUCCGCCAUCUCAAUAUUAGAUUUUACUGAUCCAACAGCACUUGCUGAUUUUUUGCACAAACUUGUGAGAAAUGAUUCUGCGUACGAAGAGUAUUUAUCUCACAAAUUAAAUGAGCGUGAGUAUCGCGUCACGAAUAAUGCAUUACUACGUGCACUUGAAAGAAGAUCGACGGCAAUUCCUCAUGAAUUUGGAAAUUAUGUGGAAGAAUUUGAAUGUUUUGUUUGCAAAGAAAUACAGAACAAUCGCGAAUUAAAAAUACGUACGGUAACGAGAAGACAAUACGAUUGUCCUCUACCGAGAGAUCCUAUAACAGGCGAAAUCAGCAAACGCAAUUGGUGGAUACAGCAAUGGAAUAUCGAGAAAUGCGGAGCUAAAUUGUUAGCUCAUUAUAUAACUAAUAAUAUCAGCAUUAAUAUAAAGUAUUUUGAUGAACAAAAGAUGAAUAUGUAUGAUAAUAACGAAUGUUGAACACACAUAACAUAAGGAAUAUAAUUUUACGAACAAUUUUGAUAACAUAAAUACUCGAUUAUUUUACGAACUAUAUUAGGAUGAAUAUUUAUAAAUUUGAAUGAAUGUAUGUUUAAAAGUAUUUCUUUUU